AGCACCUGGUGAAGACCUCCAUACAGGCUGAGCACCGCAACUCGUUCUUUCUCGCCGUGUCCUACCCGCUCUGCCCCUCGCAUCUAGUUGAUUUCAAUCGGCUCGGCGUUUGUUUACACGUACCGGCAACCAGAGGAUUGAUAUCUUCUUCAGUGUAUGCGGGAGCCACUGAGAACCCAAACUGAUGUGGAUCAGCUGACUGAGUUACAAAUAAGUUGCUUUUUUUCCUUAUUUGUCAAGGUUAACUCAAAAAUUUUCAAGCUGUUGUUGACAACCCAUCAUCAGAUUUUUGACUCGCCAUACAGAUCAUUGUACCUCAGUCAAGCGGAAAGAAUGUCGGAAAGGGCCGAGGAUGACGUCAGGGGGGAGCAGCGCCGAGCAGCCAGGCAGCAGCUGAAGCAGCAGCAGCCGAGCCAGCGGGGAGAAGGCUCCACAGCAAUGGCGACUGUUGCGGAGCGGCGAUCCCUACCGAGUCCAGAAAUAAUGGUGGGACAACCAUGGAGUAGCUGGGUUGACGCCGCCAAACUCCACUGCAACGACGGUGCUGAAUUGGAGGAAAGUUUCAAAGACUUUGGGAAAAAUCGCGAAGCCAUGCGUUUGUGCAAAGAAGAUAUGCCUUUAUUUGGCCAGUAUCCCGCGCAAGAUGACUUCUACCUGGUGAUGUGCAGCCACUGUAGUCAAGUAGUCAAGCCCCAAGCCUUCCAAGCACAUUAUGAGAGAAGACAUAAUUCUACCAUCAAGUCAGCAUCCACCUUGCCGUUCCAUUUGACAGGAAGGAACAGGAGUAGUAGCAGUGGUCUUGGACUUGCCUCAGGGUCUCUCACUGGAGGGACAAGUGGAGGGAUUGUUAAUCGAACCACUACUGCUGGAUCUAACUUCUCUCCCUCUGCAGCAGCAGCAUCCUCAAAUUCCAAAUUAGUCAAACCAGCCAAAGACAAGGUGUCAGGCAUCCAGCGAAGACCUCCCUUUACCCCAUUCAGGAUGCUGCAGCCGGACAAGAUCCUCACCCCAGCUGUCAAGGUGGAGAAGAUGCAUCUGAAUGUGGACUCGUCAGCUAAACUGGUGCAGGUCCCCUCUACUCCUGCCACCACCACAUCCUCCGCUACAUCCUCCUCUAGCACCACUGUGAGCUCCAACACUACCACCACCACCACCACCAUCACCACCUCCUCAUCAUCAGCCCUUAAACUAGGCCUUAACUGUCCCUCCAUACCAAAGCCUCCCUUACUGGCACCGGGUCAGAUCCCCAACGGCAAAGGCCACCUGUCAAUCCUUUCGGACAAGAAGCAGGAGAGCAGCAGCAGCAGUGCCAGUAGCAGACGCCACUUUAACAAGAAAGUGACAGAGCGCGAGUUCAAUCCAGAUAUUCACUGUGGUGUUGUGGAUGUGACAGCUCGGAAAACCUGCACAAGAUCUCUAACAUGCAAGACACAUUCCUUGAGCCAGCGGAGGGCAGUGCCAGGGCGGAGGAAACGCUUUGACACAUUGCUGGCAGAGCACAAGAAUAGAACAAAGGAGCGGGAGAGAGAACUCCACCAAACCCAUUCACAACCACCUCCCCUUCUCAGGGUCCCACACCCUUCCCUUCAUGUCCCUACGUCUUGUGAUGUCCAUCCGGUGGUUCAUGGCAAUGGCCUUGCCUCAGACGCCCCCAAGAUUCUGCCAUCCAACAAACCUAAAUUUCACACCCCUGGUCUUCCACGAUUAAAUAACACACACGGGGCUGGUACCCCAGCAGACCCUGCAAUAGCCCAUGAGUCACCGCACCAUCCCCAAAGUGCUCCCGAUGUGUUUUCUCGAGCAUCCAGUGAUGAGGGAGAGAAUGAGGAGCGUGAGGAGAACACAGAAAAACUGCACUGUCACUAUUCAGGUUAUCACCCCCGACCGGUAGCUUACUGUAAUUUUGGAAGUCGACUGUUUGGGAGAGGCUGUUACUCAUUUGACAGGCGUUGGGACAGAAUGCGAUGUGCGGUCUCUACAAUGAUGGACAAACACGUCAACUCUCAGAUGUGGAAGAAAAUCCCCUUGGCCUUGGAGAACAGCUCUUCCUUUCCACUUCCCCAUAGGACAAGCACAAAUUCCCCUGGUAGCACCCUGUCUCCUAGCUUCCUGAGCCCCCCUGCCACCAUGUCCCAGAUCCCCUAUAGCCAAUCCUUUGAGGGCAAGCCUGUGCUCUCCUAUGGGACAACCUUAAAUGCCCGUAGCUCUCCGCAAGGAGGGCCUGACCACCCGACCUACAGUACCACACAGGCCCGACAAGUGUCUUCGUCGCCACAGAUGCCUUCAGCCCACUUGUCUUCAGCCCCCUCACCAUCAGCUCCUUCACUGGCCUCAGGCCGGGCGCUUAAGUCCCGUCCCUCCAGCAGCAGUGCGACCAAGUCAUUGUCCUUCAGGCCCAAGGAGCUCUCCACUGCCUCCUCCACCACACCUGUCAUCUCCACUUCAGUUGGCGUUGGCGGUAACAGUAGCAGCACCAACUUCAGCUCGGGAAAGAAAAGGAAGAACAGCUCUCUCCUCUUGUCAUCAUCCCAUAGCUCAUCAGAACCUACUAAUGCCAACUAUUCUCCCUCGUCGUCUUUCAAGAAGAACUGUGCAAAUGUAGGCAGCUCAGGGAGCACUUACCACCACAGCUCACUAGGUUCUUCAUCCUCUCUGUCAUCGUUAUCUUCCUCCCACAGUGGAGUCCACAGUGUGGGCCUAAGCUGUGGCCCCAGCGUACGUACAAACUCUCUCAGCCUCAAAGCUGAGCCUUCCACAGGGUCAGCAGGCGGCUCCUCAGGCCCACUGGCGCGAGGUCCCCCCUCGGGCAGCCCAGCUGAAUCCAUCAAGCGUAUGAGCGUGGUAAUGAACAGCAGCGACUCCACCCUCUCUCUGGGGCCUUUUGUCCACCACCAGUCCUCAUCCGACCACCAUACCAGCUUCAGCCACCACUCCUCAGAGAGGCGCCUGGAAGGAAAGAAGCGUAAAAGCUCCCCUGCCUGCAGCGGCAUUAACAGUGGCACUGGGGGAAGUGGGGGUCCUGGACCAGGUAGACCCAAGGUAUCCAAGUCCCCGGCCAUUAACAACAUCCUCGGGAAGCACGGGCGGAACAUUCCAGGGACGCCGACGCUGCCUAACAACUCCCAUUUACAUCAGCCAAAGGCUCGUCCCUGACAGUGGUGUCUACCCGCAGAGUGUGUGGAUGGGACACGAUGACGGGGGAGGAGUCUGGACCAAUCUGCUCUGGACUAUAAGAGGCCUUCUAAAACGAAAACCCACAUUACGCUCAGUUUCCCUCAAUCCUCAGGUUGGAGUUGAUCUGGACAGCCCAGUGAAGUCAAAUGUCCGUACUAUUUCUCCCAAAGCCAUGUCUGUUGGAGGCGUCGGGGGGACAAGUGGUGCUCGAUGAGCAUAUGUCACGCUUGGAGCUGACCACAUACCUCCACAAGCGUGGUACUGUCCCGGUUCUCCGAGCGGUCUUCCAGACAGUCCCAGCGUGGGACGGAGAGUGACAGCCAUGAGUUUCCGGGGUGCACUUUGGUUCUGGUCAAGAGCUGAUCUGAGCGAUAUGGCCACAAGCUGUCAUGACGCUGAGCAAGUGGGGAGAUAGCAAGCUGAUCUCUUCCUUGUGUGUGUGAGUGCGUGCGUGCGUGCGUGUGUGAGUAUAAAGUAUGUGGCCCUUUUGGAAUUAAAGUAGUUACAGUAAGGUUCAAAAUAACAGCAGUCCAAUGUGACUAAGCAGAUUAAGUCACAUUUUUAGUAUAGUUUUUAUAUCUAAAUGUCACACAAGUUACCAGUAGGUGGAGUAGAGCCUCGAAAAACCAACAAGACCCAGCAUUCCUGAUAUACACGCUCUUAAGGCUGUGCAAUUCAGCAAUUUGUUGAAAGGUGUAUAUUAAAAAAUGGCAGCGUGGCAUUCAAUCGUUGAGGUUAUGAAAUUUUUGAAAAAAGAAUUAAGUGGCCCCUGUUUAACGAUGAAGCCACCACCUGUUGAGCAUGUGUUUCUCCUUGAAAGCUUGGGGGAAAUGAGUCGUUCAACACAUUGUUCAAAAGAACAGUGUACAAACUAAAAGUUUGAUUGGAGUGGGAAAACCUUAUAAAGAGGUGCAAAAAAUUACAGGCUGUUCAGCCAAAUUGAUCUCUAAUGCCUUAAAAUGGAGAGCAAAAGCAGAGACACGUGGCAGAAAAUGGAACACAAUGUUUAGAAAAUGGAACACAAUCAUUAGAAUGGAUCGCAGGACUACCAGAAUGGCAAAGGCUUAGCUAAAGAUCAGUUGAUCAGAUGAUCAAAAAGAGUCUGGAGUUACCUGUAAGUACUGUGACAGUGUGAAGACGUCAGUGUGAAGCUAAUCUAUUUACAAGAAUCCCCCGCAAAGUCCCUCUGUUAAAAAAAAAAAACGUGCAGAAGAGGUUGCAAUUUGCCAAAGAACACAUCAACUGGCCUAAACAGAAAUGGAGGGACAUUUUGUGGACUGAUGAGAAUAAAAUUGUUCUUUUUGGAUCCAGCGGUCGUAGAUGACCCCCAAACUCUGAAUUACUGUGACAGUGAGAAGACGUCAGUGUGAAGCUAAUCUAUUUACAAGAAUCCCCCGCAAAGUCCCUCUGUUAAAAAAAAAAAAAAACGUGCAGAAGAGGUUGCAAUUUGCCAAAGAACACAUCAACUGGCCU